AAACAGAUAUGCUUACAUCCGUUUUGCAUCUGCACCAACAAUCAACAAGUGCAGGAGGAUUUUAAUUAUUAAAUUUCAGUUUUAUAAUUAUAGUUUUCUUUAUACGAAUGCUUCGUGUUUUAUUUGUUAUACAAAUCACAAGAUUAUAAUGUUGUUGUUAAUAUGUAUCUUAAUUAUCAGUCAUACAUCAAUAUCGCAAGCCUUUACACCGGAAGGGUACAUCGGAUGCUUUAAGGAUUGGUCGAAUAGAACUCUAACAGAGAAAUAUCGCCUUUCAUUGACAAACAGUGGAGAAGAAUGCAUUCAGUACUGUAAAACAAAUGGAUACCGAUAUGCAGGAACUGAGUAUGGAAGCGAGUGUUAUUGUGGAAACAAACAGAGGGUGAAAACAAAUUCCUCCAAUUGCACACAUGCUUGUAAAGGAAACAAAAAUGAAAUUUGUGGGGGAGGUUGGGCAAUAUCCGUAUAUAAAGUUAUAGUCGUCAAGGAAAACGCAACAACGACUAUGUUCAAGCCAUCAACAGUCAAAAGGGAAACUAUAACAAAGACAAAAAUAACAAUGAUUUCAACAAGUCAAAACCAUGUAACUUCAGCAUCAAACAACUCUACCUUUGUACCUACCGGCACUUCAUUUAGUAAUGGCUUAACACAGACUAUAAAAACAACGCACCGUGGCCAGUCACAAACAAGAACGGAAGAUAAGUCAAGCGGAUCAAUCAUCAUUAUUGUACCAGUAAUACUGACCUUGGUUGCAAUUUUUGUCAUAGUCUUGGCUGUUAUCUUUAUGAAGAAGCGGAAGAAAAGAAAUGGUAAUAAUAUCAAUCAGGCAUAUCAUGAACCUACUGAAAAGGCUCCCGGAAAACAACAGGCUUCAACUGAUGACUCUGAAAAAGUAAACAAUUCGCACGUUGUUCAUUACGAAAUAUUACAACAAUCAGAUCACAUAUAUGUAAAUAAUGAAGUAGCAGCAGCAGCAGCAGCAGCACAAUCUACUGACGGGUUUAAUGAAAUGUUGCAACAUAAAGUUGAUUCUGGCAGCGAGUAUACAACUCUUGAAAGACAAAGUUCACGCAAAAAUUACAUAAUUUAUCAAGAUGGGCUUUACGAAAUGUUAAAUAAGGAAAACCAACCCGAGGACUUGUAUAUCAACAUUUAACAAAAUCAAAAUAAUUAGUUUAUGUUUUAAGAAUUGUAUAUAUAUAGACAUAUGGUGCAUUGACAUUGUAGCAAGUUGAUAUGAUUUUGAAAUACCAUUUUUCUAGGGUUUAGUGUCCCCUGUCACCACUGGCUAGGCUAUUAACAUCAUUAUACAACUUUAUAUAGACCAAUGAGAGGAAGCUUCAUUUGUCAUCUUAUACAGAAAUUAAUAUGUACAUCAUCUAUACAGUUACUAUCCGAUUUGUGUAUACAUUAUAUUUUAAAAGACACGUAUGAUUAUUUGGUAGUAUUUCAAGAAACUCAACUUACAGCGUUUCUGUAACAGGGACCCACACAAUUUAAAAAGAUAACCAUAAACAAUUAUUCAUUUGUUUCAUAAUUAAUCAUAUUUGAUAUAUUUCUAAUCAAAUAUUUUUUUAAACAUAUUGAGAACAAAUUUUAUUUAACUUCCUAUUGUCAUGAAAACUAGCUAACACAGUAAUUAUGUAUAUGUAUUCACUGAAAAUUAUUUUCAUGUGGUUUUUAUAUUAGCCUGUACGUGCUCGUCAGAUUUUGAUAGUACAAGUAUAAUUUAAUCUUUAUGUGUUAAUAACUUUACAAUUGCUUUUUAGUUAAAAUAGAAAAUGUAUUUGAAGAUCAUUAUAUUUUUUUUCAUCAAAAUUUAAUCUAUUUCUAAUUGACAUAUUCUUUUCCAAACCUCCAUAGAUUUUCACGAGAAAUGAUAAAUACGAAGAAAUAAUCCAAAUAAUCAACAAUCUAAGUAAUGUAAGCACAAUUUUUGAGAAAUGCAUUUGAUAGAAGAAAUGAUCAAUUAUAAAUCACAAAAGGAAUAUGUUUUGUAUUCUAUAUACCUUUAAGGAAUCAGAGUCUAUACGAGUACAUGUACAGGUAACCGUGAGUCCCAAAUCUUACACACACGUCUUAGAACUCAUUGCAGCAUUCUAAAUGAAGAUCUUUUUUCUGAAAACAUAAUUGAUGAUCCCUUCUGUCAGUGCGGUGAGAUUGAAGAUUCAUGUCACUUUUUAGAAAAAAUUAUAAUCAAUUUUACCGCCAGAGGACCAUUCUCAAAAAACAGCUCCAACAAAUAACAACAGUUACAUUGUCAACUAAACUCUUUGGCCACAGAGGUCUCAGCGAUGAAACAAAUGCCAACAUAUUUAACCUUGUACAUUACUAUAUCACUAGCACACAGCGGUUUCGUCUUUCCUAACUCUUUAUAUGCUUAACAAAAACAUUACUAGUGUUUUUACGUAAGUUAUCACGUACUUUUAUAAUUCAGCAUUCCUUUAAAAAUUUUUUACAAUAUCAUCAUGAUUUAUACUUUGCCUCUUAUGUAAUGAUAAUAAGACACUUGGUCUUAUAUCCAGGAUGUAUUUAAAAUUCUCCUGAUAAAAACAACAACAAAAACAUAUGUUGACACGUAAGCAAAAAUUCCAUUUUUUAUAACUGACCUAUCACUCUCUUAAUGACAAUGGCCACACCUCGCUCUCUGAGUUCUAGAACUAUCCUUCUAUCUAUACUUCUUCUUUUCUAUUUUACUACAAUCCUUGAUUGUUUAUAGAUUCAACUUCAUUAAGUAGAAAAUAGUUGUUUAGACUUAAAACCGAGCAUUUUUCUCUCUCCCGUACCCUUUAAUUAAACAAUUAAAUAUGAUCGAACAUUAGUUUAUAUUUUCACUUUUUUCGUUUGUUGUAUUUUCAUUACUUAUUUCACUAUUUCUAUGUGUAAUUAUGUAAUUAUUUCAUGUUAGUAACUACUGUACUUGUACGUGCUGUAACAUUAUAAUUUAAUAUACUUUUACAAUUUCCAGGAAAAGAUAUCUACAUAAGUCUUUGACUUCCUAUUCAAUCCUGUCUUAUAUUAUGUUCUUGUACCAUAAUUGUAAUUGUUUGCAUUAUAUGAAAUAAAUACUGUUUAAACCAAACACAAUAUAUGUUUUGCUAUUUCUAAUAUUAUUUCAAUACAGUAUGAUAUAAUAUUCUUUUGUGAUUUUACAUCAUUGUGUGUUUGUCAUAUGUAUAUUUAUGUUUAUAAUAGCAAAAGACAGAUAUCUGCCGAACUGCAAAUUAUUUUAUGAAUUUAAAAGAAUACACUUAAAUAGUCAGACACUCGUUAUGAUGAUAAUGUUUAUUGUUGACUUUCAAACCGAUGUGAAUCAUUGAAAUAGCUGUGUAGCUAUUGAAACAAUAUGAUGACAUCCGUUUUUACAUCCGCAUCAAUAAUUAACAAGUGUGAGAUAUUUUGUAAUCAAGAUUUAAUCACCUUUUUUGUUCUGUCUCGCAUUGACUGUUUUGUGAUUUUCUUUACAAAUCUUAUAAAGUUGAUUUGCUACCAUGUUUUUGAUAACGUGUUUCUUAAUUAUCCUUUACACAUCCAUAUUGCUAGCUGUCACAGAGGUAAAUUAUAUUGGCUGCUUUUUGGAUGGGCCAGAAAGAAUUCUGAAAGGGAAAAGCCGCACUUCAAAGACAAACAGUGGGGAAGAAUGCAUUCAAUAUUGUAAAAUCGGCGGAUACAGAUAUGCAGGAACUGAGAGUGGAGAUGAGUGUCAUUGUGGACAUUUUAUGAGCUUUGCAAGGCAAGCUGAUGGUUGUGUCUACCCUUGUGAAGGCAACACAAAUGAAACUUGUGGAGGACAUUGGGUAAUAUCAGUGUAUUAUAUAACAGUUGACCAGAUAAACACAAGUACGACAAAAUUCACGUCAACAACAACAAACUGGGAAGCGAAAACUACGAAGACAAUAACAAUAACUUCAACAUAUCAAAGGGAGGUAACAUCAUCAUCAAACAGCUCUACAUAUGCACCUACAAGUAGUACAAUUAUAACUAACAGUCCAUUUAAAACAACGCCAAACACACAUUAAAAAACAGAAGGUAAGUCCAGCGGGUCAACCAUCAUUAUUGUACCAGUGUUAGUGAUCUUGAUGGCAGUUAUAGCUACAGUUAUUACGGUGAUUGUUGUUAAAGUUCGGAAGCAAAAUAAUGGCCAUGAAAUGCUACAUGAAUAUCAUGAACCUACUGAGAAAAUUUCUACAAUUGAAGACAAUUCGCACAAUUAUAUUAAUGAUGGUAUAAUCUGGUGAUACAGGCGCAAAUAAUGAAAUAGCAGCACAAACAGAUGACGGUUUCUAUGAAAUGUUGCAGCAUAAAGUAGAUGCUGACGGCGAUUAUACAACACUUGAUGCGGAUACUGCAAGGUCAAACAACACGAUAAACCAAGAUGGGCUUUACGAAAUGUUGAAUAAGGAAACACAGCCCGAAGCAAUUUAUAGCAACAUAAAACAGAAUCAUAUUUAGUAAAAAAUAAUUAGCAUUUAGCACACAUCGUUGGCAUAAACGUUUAGCUGCAGCUAUUGAAAGAUCUAACUAAAAGAGACUUUAAAGAGAAUUAAUGAUACUCUGAAUAUGACUGAUUAUUCUUAAUAACUUCGUAUGUUUUUGCUCAAAGGGUUUAGAAGGAAUCGUAGAACAUAAAGAUAUAGAUCUUGUUUUUCGAUCAAAAUUGAAUGAUCAGCUUCAAUGUGCAGAUAUUGUUAUACAUGCAAAAGAAACAUUUUUCUUUCUACAAGAACUUGUUUUACUUUUCGCUGCAUAUAAAAUACAUGUAGUGUAGAAUAUAUCUAUAUGUACUUUAAUGGCAAAAUCAUUUGCAAUAAAUUGUUAAUAUUUAAAAACAACAAACCUCCAUUCAAAAACAUUCCUCUGAAUUUAUUUUGUAUAUAUGUUAUUUUCCUGUGUGUAAUUUACGUUUAUGUCGGAAAUUCAUACUGUGCCCCCUCACCGCAGAAGACUAGUGAAAAUCGGAAUUCUUAUAUUACAUUAUAUAAAUUCUCAAUUGAAGAUAUUGGAGUAGAACACUGACUAUAAAAGGUUCAUUAACAAGGAAUAUAUACUUGUACAUAAAGAAACAUAUUUUCAUUUGUUAAUUUUGUCAUUAUUGAACAUGUCUUCUAAUUGAAUGCAUCACACAUUUCAUAAAAUAUACAUGUAUACUCUGUUAUAUUUCUUUAACUAGGUGUUUUACUAUACAAACAUUUCAUAAAGAAAACUUAAAAUGAC